AAGAGAGAGCAGCCAGCAGAGCUGCAGAUCUGCUGAGGAACCGCUCGCUGAAUUUCACAUCCCUUCAACCAUCUGAGCGGAGCGGAGCAGAGCCGUGCUCGGCGCCGGCGGAGCUGCCAGUCAUCUGUGGAGGCAGAGAAGGAGCGAAACUAAUCCGGAUUUAACCUUUGUGGCUCCGUGACAGAGCAAGGAGAAGAUGGAGGGAUGAAGUGAGGCAGAGAAGAGUCAAGGCCACUGGAUCUCACUGUUAUCCCAGGUCCUGCAAACUGCAGGGUGGAACGCCACGGGAAAAUUCAGCACUCACCUCUCUGGAUUAGCACUUUCAAGCGGGACUUUGGGGUGGGAUUGAGAAGCCCAGCCUCCUGUGGUUAACAUGGACCAGGGCUCCAAACAGAAGCUGAAUUAAUGCCGACACACUUGUGUCCCCACCGAGUACUUUUUCUCCUUGGACACAUUUCAUUUAACGCGGCUGCUCGACCUGCGUGAAGCAGACAUUGAUGACUGAUAACAGCUGCCGAGCGGCGGCCUGAUAACAACAGAUAAGUGAUGCUCAGUGACAGAGGCAGCGGGGAAUAGAGACAGAGAUCAGCGUGGAACCCGCAGCAGGAAAGUGUCUGUGGGGGCGACCGAGGUGGGAGCUGAUGGAACCAGUGGGCGGUGAACGCUCCCAGAUAACAGCAGCAGCUGGACAUUUCAGGAACAGGGUUUGUGAAUGUGACUAAAAUGGAAGCUCAGACAUGUGCUGACAGCCCCACUGCCCACAGCAGUUGAUGGAGAACGUCCGGGAAACUGUAGAGUCCAAUUAGAAUCCGACUGUUUUGGGUGCAGAACACCUCAUCGAGUGGGAAAAUAGUGCCGUGCUAACUCUGGGAAGGUUCACUUUAAAAGGCAAAUGCUGUUAGGAUGAGUGAACGUUGAGUCCCAAAACACAACAUUAGAAGCGAUUUAUGAGGGAAAAAAGCCUUAAAACUGCAAGACUUGGCACGUCUUCCAAUCACUUUUUAAUGAUGCUUUACUGUAAUUGGACUCAUUAAAAUACGGAAGAGGUCGGCAACAGAUGGUGUGCUCAACAGUUUGACUAUGUCUUGUGAGCUAAAUAGCACAUAAAGCCCCAUUGCAGUAGUAUAUUGAAGGAUUUAUAAUGUCAACAUCUUUUCUCUGAAGCACAUUGACUCAAUGACUUUUUUCAUCACAAACUAGCCACAAAAUAUUCUAAAGAAAAAUAACUGAAAAAGCACAAUUGUAUUUCUCUUGGAAUCCGCUCAGUAGCACAAACUAUUUUUAAGAAUUAAACUUGCAGUUUCAGGAGUUUAUUAAUUUCCUCCAACAACUGUAGCUUUUCUAAUAGGGAGUUAUCAGAAUGUAAGAAUUUGAAUUUACACCAUCAAUGGCACAACAAACCAAGCAGCUAAAAAGUGAUCAGCAACACACAGCACAAUACAAAUAUCAGCAGCAAAUGCACACAGUAUUUAGAUCAGAUCACUCACUGAGACCAGCAAGAUCUCCCUCCUCAAGCUCAAACAAAACGUUUGUUGCCUUUAUUUAAUAUUUGAACAGUAAAAUGGUCCCAUUAUUAGCUGUCUGUGUUCCCUGGCCGCUGGAGGAAGAAAGAACUUGUUCACACGCAUGCUGAUGCUCAGAUGAAUUAUUGAACUGAAGACAACUGCCAGAAGAGUUCACAGCCGGAGGAGGAAUUGCACUGCAUUUUUCACGUCUUGUUCCUCUACAGUCAGCCAUAUGCCCCUGAAACACGCUGGCUUUUUAUGGGGGUUUUUUAUGCCAAAAAAUGUAUUAUUGAUUAAAAUUAGUCACUGACUAUAUUAUAUAUAUAAUAGAUAUUGACUUGAGGACUGAACCCUUCAGAUAUUAUCUUACAUUUUCUAUGAUCUUGACUUUUCCAUUGAGCCGAUCAGGAUCAAAGUACCUCUCUGACUUGGGUGCCACCUCUCCUGCAGGGCGCUAACAAUCUGUCGAGCAACGUCGAGGAUGAAUUUUUCACUGUGAUGAAAAGCCACGCCGUUUUGCCUGCUCGCCGCCUGCAGGACGACACAUAAAAGCAGUUUACUGUGACAGAAAAAAGGAUUCCAGCUGCGUCUUUUUUGUUGUUCUACGCUGCACUCAUGUUUUCUUCAGACAGCGUGGAACUGAAAGUGGGUUUCCCUUUGGACUUCAAUGCUGUGUUUUUUCCAGCGUCACUCACGUCUAAAGGGUUCCACUGAAGCGCAUUAGAGAACUGCCGCUCUUUGGAAACAUUCCUCCAACAAGACUCCCCCUGACUCUUCAGUUGGGAUAGGUGAUAGCACCUGUCUCAGCCGCUCCAGUGCCCUGCAGUCCAGUUGUUCCAGUCGAAGGUCAACAGAGCCCGGGGUCAGGCUGAUCAUCUUCAGAGGAGUGAGGACACUCUGAUGUGAAAGAGCCGUUGAUCUGUGAAGGACAUUAAAGGAGAGACUUUGAGGAAGAAGAGAACCAUGGGCUGCAACAUGUGUGUGGUGAAACGGCAGGAGGAGCAGUACCGGAUCAUGUUCCAGCAAAAAGGCUGGAGUCACUCCCUGCGGCCGAUCGACAGACAAGGAAACCUGAAGGUCAGAGGAAGAAGACCCUCACAACUCCCACUCGACAGACCACAGAACUCCCAAGAGCCGCUGCAUCACAAUGGACCGACCCGUAAAGGUCACAGAAGGAAAGCGAUACUGAUGUGCAGCAGCAACGGAACCACCAGCAGCACCUCCAUCUCCUCCUCCGUCGCCAUGGUCGCCAUCCCGGACUGCGUCGACAACGCCACGCAAACCGAAAUCAGUUUCCAGCACAUGGUGACGCUGGGUAGGAGCAGAGGUCACCACCAUCACCACGACAUGGCCGACGACUCCCCGCCACCCCCUCCGCCCACUCCUCCCGCCCCUCACCUCGUGGGACCCUACGGGAUCAAUGACUUCUGUGUGUUUGAGUACAACGACCCCAACGACUACUUCGACAUCUCCAAUCACGAGGUGGACCGACAGGAGGACCUGGAGUAUGAGGAGGUGGAGCUCUACAAGUCCAGCCAGCAGGAGAAGCUGGGUCUGACUGUGUGCUACAGGACUGAGGACGAGGAGGAUCUGGGGAUCUACGUCGGAGAGGUGGAUCCGAACAGCAUAGCUGCCAAGAACGGGCGCAUCCGGGAAGGAGACCGGAUACUCCAGAUCAACGGAGUGGACAUUCAGAAUCGAGAAGAAGCAGUUGCCAUUCUCACCAGAGAGGACAGCAUCAACUUCUCUCUACUGCUGGCUCGACCUGACAUUGAGAAUGAAAACAACAUUGAUCCAGAGGAGGAUGUGCUGUUAGAGGACUUCCACCAAAACCCUCGCUUGUCCCUCACCUCCUCUCGCAUGUCCGGCUAUUACCACCUCCAUCCUGCAGGAGGAUGUCCUCUGCAUCCAGCAGAUGGGGACGGAGGCAAAGAUAGGAUGGAGGUGGAUGAAGAGGGGCUGGGCAUCGAUGGAAAGAUUGUAGAGGACGGGUGUACAGUCGACGGCGAGUCACCGGUCCCGCUCCCACCUCUGCUGAAUCUGGCUCCUCUGCUGUCGAACAGCCAGGAGCUGGACAGUGGAGUAGGCAAGACGGAUGAUAGCACCCGCUAUGAGGAUUUGACUGAGCAUGACCUUCUUGGUGAGCAGACCAGCGCCUGCAACACCAACACCACCAACACCCCGGGCAGUGCCCGGAAGUUCAGGCCAGGACCCAGUCCCAGACCCAGUCCUCGACCCAGCCCUGGACUUGGACCGAGCCCCCGGCCAAGCCCCAGCCCUGGCCGAGGUGACAUCACCCCUCCAUUCCUCCAUUUUAGAGAGCUGCAGCUGAGCUCCGACUCCAUCCCUGGACUGGACUGGGUGGCGGAAGGAGGGGUGGUCUACAACAACAACUAUCACCAUAAGCACUACCAUCACCACCACAGCCCGCUGACGAUGAUGAUGAUGAUGCCUGGCCUGACAGAGGAAGAGUGCCAGCGCUAUCAGGAGCUGCUGGAGAUCAAGUGUCAGUAUGAGAGACAUGCGGCUCAGCGGCGUAGAGACAUGGGCAGAUGCCAGAGAGAGGACCAGAAGGAAGAGGAAGGAGAGGACGGAAGCCAAGACCAUGGUGAGGAUGGAUCCGCUCAGUGCCUGGAGACCCUCAGCGAGCACGAGAUGGCUCUGAUCGACGAGGAGCUGCGACACCUGGAGUUCAAGUGCCGGAACAUCCUCCGUGCGCAGAAGAUGCAGCAGCUCCGGGAGAGAUGUAUGAAAGCCUGGAUGAUGGAGGAGGAGACGGUGGCUGCUGGGCGACAGGGCUCUAAUGAUGCAGCUUUGGACGAAGAUGCGGACGACGACCCUCAUCACCAUGAGCUGUCGGCGAUCAAUGAGCUGCCGGAGCGAGAGCGAUCGGACGACAAGGACACGACGAGCGCCUACAACACUGGCGGGGAAAGCUGCCGGAGCACACCGCUGGUCAGCACCGAGCAGAUCCCGGCUCCGCUGGACGAAGAGGACGAAGCAGGAAGACGACUCACGUCCCCACCUCCACUCUUCCCCCUCAGCCGCCUCCCGCCUCUGAACUCACCGCUCACACCUCGCCGGCACCGACAGGACAGAGACAGAGAGAGGCGCCAUUCUAACCUCAUGUGCUCCUUCUCGCCCAACACGACACGGAAGUACGAAACAGCCAACGGAUCCAGAUCCACUCCGUCCACUCCCUCCAAAUUCAGAUCUCUGUCCAGAGAGUUGGGGUCAUCCUCAAUAAGGGGCGUGGCUGAUGGGGGGCGUGGCUCCCGAACAGGUGGCGUUAUCUGCAGACCGGAAGGUGGCAGCGCAGAGUCCAGCCCAUACUUCGCCCGGCGACACCACAUGAGCCACCUGGAACGGUACCAGAGCUGCAUCGCUCUGCCCUCAGAGGGGCUGGUGGACCCUCUGGAUCGAGUGAGAGACAGAAGGAAGGGGGAGGUGGAGGAGAGGGUGUUGGCCAGCGGACCCGCCAGCCCCAGAAGUGUAAACAGCGCCCCCUGUGGGAUAGAAGACAACCAUCGGGCCUCACGGUUGGGACUGGCCUUACCGCUGGGGCUGUCGCAGUCUUCACCAACAGCGUCACCACAGCGCAUGGAGUGGAAGGUGAAGAUUCGCAGUGAUGGCACUCGCUAUGUGGCCAAGCGUCCGGUCAGAGAUCGUCUCCUGAAGGCCAGAGCCAUGAAGAUCAGAGAGGAGCGCAGCGGCAUGACCACAGACGACGAUGCUGCCAGCGAGAUGAAACAGGGUCGAUACUGGAGCAAGGAGGAGAGGAAGCAGCAGCUGCUGAGGGCCAGGGAGUACAGACGCAGGAGAGAGUUCAUGAUGCAGAGUCGGCUGGACUUCCUGAGGGGAGACAGAUGUGACCGGAUUGAAAAAAUGGCUUUCAUUCCCAGAGAUGCCAUUUCAUCGACAAACGAAGCCGAGGACCCGAGCUCCCAGGUCCAUCCCUCCCACGGUUCCCCUGGCAGCAACAGCAUCUUGUCACUGAGCCAAAAGAAAAUCACCAAGAGGAGAAACCGCCGCAUUUUGGACAACUGGUUCACCAUCCAGGAACUGCUGGCUCACGGCUCCAGGUCGCCGGAUGGAAAGAAAAUAUACAACCCUCUGCUGUCUGUCACCACAGUGUGACACAGGGACCACACUUUUCUCCAGACUCUCGUCUCAGGUUUGACUUGAGUGUCUCCACUUCUCCAUUAAUGUUGCUCUGAGAACUGAACUGAAUCAGAGAUGGUCAACUAUGUGUCAGCUUCUGCUCUACAUGUUUGGUCCAGUGGUAUUUGCAACACAACUGUUUGAAUGUUCAUCUUUUUGAGGCCUACAAUGUCAUCUUGAUUUUCUCUCAACCUUCAGUGUCUUAAUAAAACAGCGACAAGUCUCCUUCAAGCGAUGAAAGACGAGGAACGGGAUGUACUUUUUUUGUGUUUUUGGAGCCAUACAAUCUGAAUCUUCCUACUGAAACACACAAAGCAAAAAUGAUCUAACACACAAACUUGUUUUCUUCGCUUAUGAAUAGAAACCAAUUGCAAAUGCUCUGACUCUGAACUGAAUUCAAAUGUUGAGGGUCAAAAACAUGAGCACACAAAAACUGAAUUUUAUUCAUGGUGCCACAAAACGUUCAUUGUCUGCAGCCCUGGUCCCUUAAAUUGAACCACAAAAUGACCCGAGAAUAAGUCAACUGUAGUAACUUUCUAACUUUAUGUAUUGCCUUUCCUAUAUAUACAAUUACACUCUCAAAGCGUAUACCUCUGCCAAGCAGCUCAUUUCAACUCAACAUUUCCACUGCAUUCAAGUCGCACGGUGGAGCUUGUUUUCUUGAAAGAAUCCAUGGUCCAGCCAAAAUGUGAUGAUGUGUUCAUGUUAGUUUGACAACAUCCUGGCAACUUGAAUGUCACUUGUUUUCAAAUGCAAAUGUAUUUUUUCACAUUUUUCUGAUCUUAAUAUCAAAAAUUGUGUAGAAAAGUACAGUUCCAUUAUAUUUCCUGGAGCAAGCCCAUGUGAAUUCAUUAAAAUAGCACACUUUUAUAAGCAUAAAUGACAAUAAUAUUGGAAUUUAAUGUCACCCUUCUCUUUGGGAGAAGCUUUGUACCUGUUUCAAAAUAUUAAUAUGCAUUCUGCAGCGUCUGUAUUACCUUUUUCAAAGUCUUUUGAAAACAACUAUAUUUAUUGAUGUUCUUGUGUGUUGUUCGUUCAACAUUGUGUGUGUUUUUUGCACAUAACCACAACAACUUUCGACUGAUCAGAAUGUAGGUUACACAGGAAUCUGUCGGAUGGGUCCAGGCUUGCAUGGAUUUAGCAUCAGUCGAUGGGAAUUUAGAGGGGCGACGUGUAUUAAUCUAGACUGUCAAAAGACAUUUGUAGUGUUGACAGAUUGUGUACGAAUUAA